AGCAGAGGUCACAAUCCUUAUACAGAGCGCACUGAAGAUCCUUACUGAUCCUAACUCUUACUGUUCGUUACGGUGUCAGUAAUCAUAGAACUCAGGUGGAGAUCCUUUGCCAGCUAUUGCCAAGAGCCCAGAACAACUAGAUUCAAAGGAUUUGGAGUCAUGGCUGUCACAAAUUUCCACUACAUCACCCGGAUGAGCAGUGGUUUCAAAGUUUACAUCCUAGAGGGUCAGCCACACCUGAGGAGUGAGGACCGGUUCCGUCACAUAACCAGUGACAGAAUCAGAGUGACUGCUGCUCACCCAUUCAAACAUAAGCACAGUUUAGAACAAGGACGGACACUGGAGGAGAGAAGAGAGAGGGCCCUUAGCAAAAGCCUGGUCAAAGCUGACAGGGCAUCAUCAUGGUUCAAUGUGCCUGAGAGUCCUACAUCCACCUGGAGCCCCACAGCAAGUCCAGCUCACCUUAUCUCCAGUGCAGUUAUGGAUGAGCCGCUCGCCCUUGUCAAGAAAAUGCACCAGGAGACAGAGGAGACAGAAGACAAAAACAAAAAAUCUGCAGUCCAACACCUACAGGUUCGUCCCUCAGUGAUCACAUGUGUCUCAUCAACAAAGUCAACCUGUAUGCCUGUAGACUGUUGCAAGCACGCAACUGUUUUAACGCAGCACAGUUAUGAUAACGUUGAGGAACAUUUCCAGCGGAGCCUUGGGGUGAACUAUCAAAAAGGUUCCUCUAAGCAAAUCUCCAUCAGCGUGUCUGUGGAUGACCACUUUGCCAAGGCCCUUGGAGAGAAGUGGCUACAACUCAAAGCAUCCUCUUCUGCAUGCAGUUCAUCUUCAUCACAGUCAACAUCAUCUUCAUCUCUACCCAGUAAUCCCUCUACCGUUAUCCACUCGCCUGGUUAUGGCCAGAGCCCUAAACGAGCUCGCAAAGAUUCUGUCAGUGCAACUACAGCCCGUUCCAGCAUGUGGUCAGGGAAAUGAAGCUGUAGGAAAAAAAGAUUUUCUAAAUGCAUAAUGGACUUGUGAGGCUAUCACAUAGAACCACGUUAUGUGUGAUCACUGCAGCUGAAUAAAAUGCCAAAGGCAUGCAGUUAAAUAACAGAGUUAUGGGAUAGUGAUGCAAUAUUGAGCAUCACUAUUAAGGAUUCGGUUAUCUCUGUAUGGGAUAUUCUUUGGAGGAUCUGAUCGCUAUAUGUUCUAACUUCAUGUAUGGAAAUACAUGGUGUCUAUGUAUUAUUGGUUCAGCUAUAUUCAGUUUGGUUAUUUUUUCAUUACUUAAUUUUAGUCCUUGAUUGCACUGAUAAUAAAUAAUACUAUUAUUUGGCUAGUUUGAAACACAAAUGUUAUAUGUCUGUAGGUCCCAUAAUCAGAUAAUGGUACCAUGCAAAAAGAAAAUGAAAAAAACAUUUGGACACUGUUACAAUACUGUAGUAGUAAGCAAAUGGUUAGCAGCAAUAUCUAAUAUUUUUAUGUUGCUUAUUGCUCUGUGGACCAGAUAAUUUUUAUUUAAAGGGGCAUUUAAAACUACCAUGCAGACAAAUAAAAAAGAAAUCUAAAAAAUAUGACAGAGGUUGAUUUGUAUUUUAAUGUUUUUUUUUUAAUGUAAGGAUUAAAUAAUGUAAGCAUUAA